AUGAACGGAGCAGUAGAAGCGGCUAAUAAGAACAUUAAGAGGAUUCUCGGGAAGAUGGCUGAGAUAUAUAAAUACUGGCACGAGAAGCUACCAUUCGCUUUGUACGCAUAUCGCACCUCUGUACGGACGUCUACAGGGGCAACUUCUUUUUCUCUGGUCUACGGGAUGGAGGCCGUUCUGCCCAUCAAAGUAGAGAUCUCAUCCCUGCGCGUCUUGAUGGAGACAAAGUUAAAAGAAUCAAAGUGGGUUCGAGCUCGAUAUGAUCAGCUAAACCUUAUUGAAGGGAAACGCUUGAAGGCAAUUUGUCAUAGACAGAUGUACCAGAAGAGAAUGAUCACAGCCCAUGAUAAAAGAGUACGGCCAAGAGAAUUCCGCGAAGGGGAACUGCAAGAACAAAGUUCAACAAGGGGGCAGGAAGGUGAUAUACGAAAAUGUGGAUUACUCACAGAACUUGAGGAUGAGUACAAAAUUGGAGAGAAAAGUCAAGAAUUGAGGAAAUGA